AUGACGUAUAAGCUAGGGCCUUGGGUACGACUCGAGGGAAUCUCUUUCAAGCAAUUACCACCGGGCGCAAAGGGUAUCACCAACUCAACAUCUCCUGCGCAAGGUUCUGAGGAUAGGUCAGGGUCAGUGCAAGCUCCAUCUGUCGAAUCCUUCAUUCAAUCAGUACUUUCAGAGUCAAUUGGAUUCAUUGAUGGUGUUGCGCCAAAAUCGGGCAGUGCGACAACAUGGAAAAUGAAAGGCACGCCAAAAACAUUCUCAUCCUCAGCUGCGCCGGUUCAACUUUACGAAUGGACAGUACCUGGAAAGCAAUUGGACCAGGUGGAGGGAAUGAGCCAAUUCAGUGCCGAUAGAAGCUCGGAGUUCUGGUGCUGUAGGAGAUCAGUACAUAGGAAUAUAUCUGAGAAUGGUACAGCUUCAUGGGAGGAAUUUAGGCAUAAUUUCAAAGACAACCAUGCCGAAUCCGAAAAAGCCUUUACACCAACAGUUAUAGAAGCGAGGCAAGCGAUGAAGUGGGAUACAACUGGCAUGACAGUCGAAGCUUCCGGCGAGAAAUGGGAAAAUAUUCUCGUGGCUGUGGAGGAGAUGAAGCAUCGAAUUGAGCCUAAACCUCUCAACAACAGAACUUUUCCUGUUAUCCAAAUCACUGCAGAUCUGGUAGGAGCGCAGGAGUUCAUUGUCGUUUCCAUUCCGCUGAACGAUUUUGAGAAAUCGCCCUAUUCGGAGUUUGCGAAAGAUAAGAGUUUGGUCAUCGCAGCGUAUACUUCCAUUGAACGUAUUCGUAUUCUUCCAGCCAACUCCGAUAUCGAAUGGAUUAUGGCAACAGCAUCGAACGCCAAAGGUGUCCUUCCGCAAUGGAUGCAAAAUUUGGCAGUGCCUGGAGCCAUCGCGAAGGACGUUGACUUUUUCAUGUCAUGGAUUCCCUCGCAGAGAAGGACGGUCGGCGAAUCCAAUGGGUCCGGGCAGAAUACCCCAAACCCAAAGAAAGGAGAUAAACCAUUUGUAAAGAGGGCAGAUUCAAAGAAUAAGGCAUUACCCGAAACACCUGUUCAGUAA